CAAAUCAUAAACCUAGGCUUUUGAGUUUUGGCGGCGGAAGUGAAGUUCCGAUAUGGCGAGACAGAAGAGCCCCGGCGUAAAGAUCCUCUGGGUUUGGACUCUUGGCACCGCCGCCAUUCUCGUUACAAGCGUAGCUCGGAGGAGGAUGAGGGAUAUGGAGAACAUGAUAAACUCCGAUCAACAACCAUCGCUGCACCACCAACAAACGUCUUCCACCGAUUCGUUUUCUGUCGACGAAGGAGACGUAUCACAGGCUUAGAAGCUUUCGCGCCUUUGGAAUUCGGCUCAAAGUGGUAUUUUCUCUUUUCGAAUUUAGCAUUUCGGGAUAUGGGUUUUCGUCAAAUCCCAUUUUCGGCGGGUGUACAUAAGGUGUUUGAUGAAAGUCCUGAAUGUAAGGAAGUGUCAAAUUUUCACUCGUAAUGAGCUUGCAAUUGUUUUGGAUCUUUGAUGGGUCAGUUUCAAUUAAUGUUUGAUGUUUGCUGCUACAUUUGCCUGGAUAUAUAAAUUAGAAGAUCUGCCUCUUACUUGAACUUGGUGUGAUGAAUGAGGCUUUAUACAGUAAGUAUUUGUCGAAAUUUCCGGUUGGAACUAUCAAUUUUUCAUUCUUAA